AUGUUGAGCUCUCAUAAACAAAAUGGUGAUGUUGGUGUUUCUCGUCUUUCUGUUCCUUUCUUUUGCUUGCGCAGAAGUCCCAUUUUUCCUUUAGACUGGACAUCAGAGCCUUUUUGCAUUUUGAAAAACAUUGAAAAUUGUCCAACAGGAUUUACUUUCGAAGAACUGAAACUUUCACUACAAACAGACGUGGCUCCAAAUGUCAGAGGUCAUGACGGAACGAAUUUGAUGCAUCUCGGGUUUGCUGGCGACUCUAAAUUACAAUAUGAUGCUUAUGAUGCU